GGGCCCUCUGCUACCUCUGCAGGUUGUAGGAGUUUGGGACGAAGCGUCUGUGGUUGCACUGUUCAGGUUGCAAAAGAGGACCAUAAUGGCUGGUACAGCAAGACACGACCGAGAAAUGUCUGUAAAUGCCAAAAAGCAACUCUCACAAUGCUCAGACCCUAUCGAGAAACUACGACUGCAGUGCUUAGCACGAGGAUCAUCGGGCAUCAAAGGACUUGGCAGGACUUUCAAGAUAAUGGAUGAUGAUAACAACAGAUCACUUGAUUUCAAAGAGUUCCUGAAAGGGUUAAAUGAUUAUGGAGUGAUGAUAGAGAAGGAAGAUGCAAUGGAACUUUUCAGAAAGUUUGACAGAGAUGGAAGUGGAACGAUAGACUUUGAUGAAUUCCUCGUUACGUUGAGGCCACCCAUGUCCAAUACAAGAAAAGAAGUCAUCAUGCAAGCUUUUCGAAAACUUGACAAGACGGGUGAUGGGGUGAUAACGAUUGAAGACCUGCGAGGAGUUUACAAUGCAAAGUAUCACCCCAAAUAUCAAAAUGGAGAGUGGACAGAGGAUCAGGUUUUCAGGACUUUCCUUGAUAGCUUUGAUUCUCCUUAUGAUAAAGACGGAAAGGUUACUAAAGAGGAGUUCCUAAACUACUAUGCUGGAGUCAGCGCCUCAGUUGACACUGAUAUCUACUUUGUCAUCAUGAUGAAAAAUGCCUGGAAACUAAACUAAUAUGCAACAUGUGCACUUUAGGGUAACUAACCUCCAUCCAGCCACCUGCUUUCAAGAAUAUAAACACUACAGCACUAGUUGCAUGCGUGUGAGAUUCCUUCCUAAUUCACAGAGACUGAUGUCUUGUGAUUCAACACAAAACUUUGCAGUUGUUUUCUUCUUUGUUGGAAAGAAGUAGGACUAACAUAUGAGUGUAUUACUAACCAAACGUAGAAUCUUUUUCUGAAUUAUUCAUUAAUCCAAUAAUCAAUAGUCCUCAUUUAUAACACUGCUGAUAUUAGUAGGUUUUCUUCUGAAUUUAGGAGGCAGUAAUCCCA